AUGACAACAAUCGCCUUUUUCGGAGCAACCGGCGGCUGCGCCAACGCCUGCCUAACCUACACCCUUCUCAGCGGCUACAAGGCCAGAGCCCUGGCCCGUACCCCAUCAAAGCUCACCGCGCUGCUCCUAUCCCAGCCUGGAAUAACACAGGAAAUUCUAUCUCACCAGCUGGAGAUAAUCGAAGGAGAUGCAACAGAUGUGGAAAGCAUCAUGAAAACCCUCAUUAUCAACUCCACCCCCAAGGGCACACCCAAUGGUGCCUGUACUCUCGUAACAAGCAUAAUAUCGGGCCUAGGCGGCACACCAACAAUGGCCUUCACCAAGGAAUCAAAAUGCGCAAAGACUCAGAUGCGCAUGCCUGCGUUGCCGCACAUUCAGCUCUCGAACCCGCAUAUCACAGAACAGAUGACAAGCGCGCUGCUGGAGGCGCUGGCGAAGAUUGCUUCUGACCGAUUUGCAUCGUUCGAGGCGUAUCGUGCUGUUGCUCCAAGGGUCACUGUAAUCUCGACGACUGGGCAUUUGCCUGGUAACAAGGAUGUGCCAUUCUGGUUCAGACCUAUGUACUCUGUGCUCUUGCCGAUUCCCCAUGCGGAUAAGCUACAGAUGGAGAAAUUGCUUGAUAAAGAGGUUGGGCUGGGGCAUGCUGGAGUGCUCGCUGCUGGGGUUGUUGUUGUAAGGCCCAGCUUUUUGACGGGGGAUCAUCUGGUUCCUGUGUUUGAGGGGGAGAAAGGGGGUGAAGGGGUGAGACUGGAGAAAGUGAGGAUUGGGACGGAGAAGGCUCCCGCUAUUGGGUAUACGAUUUCACGGGCUCUGGUUGGUGAGUGGAUAUUUGAGGAGAUUGUUAAGGGUGGUGGAGGGAAAUGGGUUGGGGAGAAGGUUACUAUCACUACUUGA